CAUUGAUGGUGUCCGUGGCGGACUUCCGGUCCCGCGGCGGGUGGUCAUGGUGUCGCGGGCGGAAUUCCUGUCGCGCAGUGUGCGCGUGUGGCAGCAAGUCCUCUGGCCGUCCCGAGGCGCGGCUCCAUGGCGACUCCUCCGGCCGUCCCGAGGCGCGGCUCCACGGCGACUCCUCCGGCCGUCCCGAGGCGCGGCUCCACGGCGACUCCUCCGGCCGUCCCGAGGCGCGGCUCCACGGCGACUCCUCCGGCCGUCCCGAGGCGCGGCUCCACGGCGACUCCUCCGGCCGUCCCGAGGCACAACUGCAAAGGAGUGAAAAAACCCCAAACCCCCUAGAUGUACCUACUUUUCCUGUCCCAGCAUUCUCAACACAGUAACUACAGCCUGUUCCACACCUCUCACCCCAGCAGUACACAUGAUCAAGCUUCCAUCAUUGAGGCAACAUCUUAGCCAGAACUAGUCUCUCAAGCCAGAAAGAGAGAAAGCUAUACAGACCUCACUGGGCCCUCAAAAGUCAGAUCUGCUUUUUAAAAAAAAUAUUAUUUCAUAUAAUUAUACUAUCAACUACAACCCCCUCUCAAAGACAUCAAAUUUAUAUUUAACUUAUUAUAAUCUAGUUCUCCUCAACAGUAGCCAGCAGGACAGACUCGCCUAACCCUUCAACUGCAACAUACCACACAAACUCCAUAUCACCAUGCACAAAACAUACCUGCCCACCAUAAACUAUUACCACAUUCCAGGGGAGCACCCUGGGAACAGUGUUCCCAGGUGCUUCAAAA